CUGGUGUACAUGAAGGAAACAUACCUGAUACUGGUGUGUAUUUGAAAUGUUUACCUCUUCAUAGAUAAAUGAGUAGAUUAAUCAAAAAUCGUAACAUUUCAGUAGAAACAGUGGUCAAGUGAGUGGACACGUGCUUUUCGAGGAUUCUUUUAUGAUACACUAACCCCCGCCGAUUUCGCUUACUAACACAACUGUUUUGAGCAUCAUCUCAUGAAAUAAACAAACAAAAAAUGAGCUCAUCUCGAGAUACCGUCGAUGAAACUUUUCUCGUUAAUUUCAACCACGACUGCACUUCUCUAACAGUUGGUUCGGAGUGUGGCUUCAAAAUGUUUGCACUGACCUCGGUGGAUCACAGCCUCAAACGUAUCUAUUGCAACUACGCUGAGAGAAUUCGCUUGGUCGAGCGUCACUUCAACAGCUCAUUGGUCGUCUUCGUUUCGUUGGACGCUCCUCGAACAUUGAAAAUAUUGCACGUCAAGAAACAGACAAUCAUUUGCACCUACUCGUACCCCAACCCGAUUCUGGCGGUGAAGCUGGCUCAGUCCCGGUUGGUAGUGUGCCUCAUGGAACGUCUGUACGUCCACGAUCUUUGCAGUAUGAAUGUGCUCUAUACUAUUCGAGACACCGUGCCAAAUGAAACCGGACUUAUUGCACUGACAUCGGGUUCUGAUCAAAGUUACCUGGCAUAUCCGGGUAGCACAACCGAAGGAGAAGUUCAGAUAUUCGACGCCAUAAAUUUAUGCACCAAAAGGCAAAUCGAUGCUCACGAAUCUCCCCUAAGUGCGAUUGCCUUUAACCGGGCCGGCACGGCGAUUGCCACAGCCAGCGAAAAGGGCACGGUGAUACGGAUGUUCUCCGUUAACGAUGGCUCGAAACUUUUUGAGUUUCGAAGAGGCUUGCAAAGACAUGUCGCAAUUACCUCGCUGACUUUCAGCGUAUGUUCUGACUAUUUGUGCUGCAGCUCCAACACAGAAACAGUACACAUUUUUAAGCUGAAACAAACGACUUCGGAGGAUGAACAAUACGACGAAGAUAGCUGGAUGGGAUACAUUGGCCGUACGGUCACUGAAUAUCUUUCGCAGACGCUACCAUCAGCAGUAACGGACGUGUUUACACAGGACAGGGCAUUCUCUAGGGCGGUAUUACCCGUAGCUGGAUUGAGCACCUCCUCGGUUGUUACGACAAUUCAGAAUGUGUUAAGACUUUUGGUGGCAUCACAAGAUGGCUACCUCUAUGUAUUCCAAAUUCCGUUGGAGGGGGGUGAAUGCCUGCUGUACCAGAAGUACGAUCUUCGAAGCCUUAUGAAAUAAGGAGCCCUCCUAUAAAUAAACAAACAAGUCACAACAAAAUGAACUCAUAGAUCAAAUAGAAUAGGAUAAGAAUUAUUAUGAUUUGAAUUUUGACAAUAAAGAUAUAAGAUUGAAGCAUAACAUAACAAACAGACAUAACGCAUGGAACAUUUAAUAAUAUUAUUCACACAGGGUGCCUACUACCUGGAAAAACCUGGAAAACCUGGAAUUAUCAGGGAAUUUCUUCCCGCCUGGAAAAUACCUGGAAUUAUCAGGGAAUUCCUGACAUAAUCAGCGAAAUUUCAAUACCCGGUGAUGAUGAGUGAAAUUCUCUCAAAAGAUGAAAAAAACCCUUAAAAGU